AGAGCCACGGAGCCACGUCGGCGUCCUAGGGCCACGACCGUGCCACUCGACGGCUGCGAAGGGAUGCCGACGUGGCUUGACACAGCGACAGGCCCAGGACGACUGACGGCGACCAGACGGCUUGGGGGCGUUUGCGAGAGGCACAGAACGAGGUGCCGCAGCGGGCCAAAGCAGAAUCAAGGCGGCGAUCGCCGUGGCCAGACCGCCGUGGCCCCAGGCACACGUCGUGCACAGCUUGACAGCGGGCAACCUCUGCGCAUUACGUCACUGCGAGAUGCAGCUGGCGGACGACGCUUUGCUCUGCACACCCCAAUCGCGAUGCCGCACUGAGCGAGGACAGCAGCCCCACGACCCCUCUGCGCCCGCCCUGCCGCCAUGGAGAAUCUCGACAAGCUCACGGCCGCGGGCCUGCCCGUGUACGACUUGAAUCUGGAGAACCUCGACCGCAACGACUGGACAGCAUCGUCGCUCGGCACGCGCGACUCGUGGCCCGCGGCGCUCAAGGUGCUCACCAACUCGUGCAUCCUGCCCAUCCCGCACUGCGCCGCCAUCUUCUGGGGCGAUGACCUCUCCAUCGUCCACAACCUCGCGUGGGGCAAGGCGCGCGGCGACCUCGACGGGCUGGGCACGCGCGCCGGCGACUCGUACGCCGAGGAGGCCCUCUCUUCGCUGCGCGCAGCAGUGCGUGGCCGGACCUGCAAGGUGGCCGCCAGGUUCUUCCUCCCAGACGCGCCCGAGCCCAACGACGAUGCCCAGAUCCUGCUGAGCACCGUCAUCGACGACAACGGCACCCGCCAGGGCGUGCUUGCCCAGCUGCUGGGAGCCGCGUCGGCGAACCGCUACAUCGACACGCACAACAUCGACGACCUGACGGCCACGCGCUCCCCCCAACACGGCGCCGCCCGAGAGCCGCAGACGGGCACCGCCGUCGAAAACCUCAGCACAAAGCGCGCCCGCCAGCUGCUGCACUCGGGCGCGCAGCAGCCGCACUGGCGUGGAAGGCACAACCAGGCCGACGCCCAGCAGACGCAGCUCUUCUCCAAGUUCGCCGAGCUGCUGCCCAAUGGCCUCGCCAUCCUCGACAAGGAGGCCGAGGCCAUCUUCGUCAACGACGGCUUCUUCAAGCUGACCACCAACAAGAGCCAGAACGAGUUCCGCGCCUGGCCAGAGAGCAUCCACCCCCAGGACUACGAGCGUGUCAUGCAAGCCUAUCGCCGCGCCUUCUCCUCGCGCGAGGAACUGCGCAUCGAGUUCCGCUGUGCCGCCGACGCACAGGGCGAGGAGGGCGAGUGGCGCCUGUUUUUGUUCCGGCCCCUGAGCGACGACCCAGAGGCCGGCUUCAUCUGCGCCGUCGUCGACAUCACCGAAAUCAAGCAGGCCGAGAUCACCCAGGAAAAGGCCGCCCUCGAGGCCCAGGAGCGCAAGGAACAGCAGGAGCGGUUCAUCGACAUGGUCUCCCACGAAAUCAGAAACCCCCUGAGUGCCGUUUUGCAUCUGGCUGAAGAGGUCAAGGAGGUGGCACGCGACAUUGGCCACGGCCGUGAAGACAUCAAGACCAAGGUAGACGACAUCCUGGACGCUGCCGAUACCAUUCUGCUGUGCGUGUCCCACCAAAACACGCUCGUCGACGACAUACUGUCCUUCUCAAAACUAGACUCGAUGAUGCUGUCGUUGGUCCCCAGGGAGGUCAAGCCGAAAUGGGAGUUUUCACGCGCCCUGAAAGUCUUCAACUCCGAGUUCAGGGCCAAGGGCAUCAAAUUCCACUACGCCAUGGACUAUUCGUACGACGACAUGAACAUCGAUGUUGUAAUCGCCGAUUGCAACCGGAUGAAGCAGGUGCUGGUUAACCUCAUCACUAAUGCCAUCAAGUUUACUGCCAGGAAAGACGGAGACCGACAAAUAUGCGUGUCCAUGGGCGCGUCCGUCGAGAGACCGUCUUCCUACCCUCCUAAUGUAAUAUUCUUCGGCAACGAUAAUGACGCCUUCCACAUAGAUUCUACCAUGACUUCCGAAUGGGGCGGCGGACCUGUCAUGUACCUGAUGGUAGCAGUCAAGGACACGGGCAUCGGCAUCAACGAUGAAGGCCAGGCCAAACUCUUUGAAAGAUUUAGACAAGCCACUCCGAAGACGCAAGAAAAGUACGGGGGCUCCGGGUUGGGCCUCUUCAUCUCUCGCAAAUUGUGCCAGCUGCACGGUGGUGAUAUCGGUGUGUCCAGCAAAAGUGGAGAAGGCUCGACCUUUGGAUUCUACUUCAAAGUCCGCCGCCCCAUAGGUAGCCCGGGAGAGGGCCGACCAUCCUUAAAUGCACGUUCAUCAAGCUCAUCGAGUGCACCCGAGCGAGCACAGACGCCAAGACCCUCCUACAUCCGCAGCAAUUCGAACCUCAAACGCAUCAAGGAACUGGAACACGAUCCCGGUGCUUCAGACGAAAUGAAGAAAGAAAAGGAUGCGGAGCAAGACCCCAAGAGACCAUCACUAAACACCCUUUCAAGUAGUGCUGGAAUCAACUCAGAAGAGAUGAACAUGAAUGAGUCGAUACGAAACCCUCCCACCGAGUACCGUCCCGAGGCGCACCCUGAGGCUAUCCGGGAUCAAAGGUUCCAAGAAACCGCGCAGAUAGCGGACCAAGUCGAAGAGCGACGCUCGUCCUUUUCACACGAGAUCGAGACGCGUCUUCCCGACCUCUCGCUCGGCGAAACGAAAAGGCAAGCACUGCAUUCGCAGGAACGCUCCGAAGCCGACCACAAUAACCCAUCUGACUCCCGCAGCACGCUCCUCUUGGUGGAAGACAACCUCAUCAACCAGAAGGUGCUCAAGCGGCAGCUGCAGGGCAAGGGCUUCGAGGUCUUCGUCGCGAACAACGGCCAAGAAGCCGUCGACGCCGUCAACCAGCGCGGCAAGCGCGCGUCCGGCGAGCCCGGCUCCAGAAACUACUUUGAUUGCAUCCUCAUGGACCAAGAAAUGCCUAUCAAAGACGGCAACGCCGCAACUGUCGAGAUCCGCGACCUCCAGGACGCCGGCCAGGCGGGGUACAGUCCCAUUCUCGGCGUGUCGGCCAACGUGCGCGAGGCGCAGACGAAGAGCAUGCUGGAUGCCGGCAUGGACGCGGUCAUUAGUAAACCGUUCAAGGUCGAGGAUCUGGUGGUCAAGAUAAGAAGCUUGUUGCCGAAGAGCGGGAAUGGGUAGGGCGAUUGAUGGGCGGGGAUGGGGAGUGGUUGCAUUAGAGGCGUUGGGCGUGGGAAUGACGCAAAUGCCAGACGAAAGGGGUAGAAGAAUAUGUUUUAUGAGUUAUGCAUUUCGAGCUUGUCUUGCAUCCAAGGGCGAAUGGGAGCAUCCGCAUGUAGGAGGAGGAAGGCCCGAGAAACGGGCGGACCGCAGAGCAGAGGUUUGGCCUAUACCGGGCCGCCGGUUCAUGCGCAGCGACUGCAUGCAAUGGCGUGCAUUGUGGGGCGAACACCAGAAGAUAUCCCCUAGCUCCCACCAUCAAACAAAUG